CACAGUGUGGGAAUGAUGGCGUCCGCAGCCGCUCGCAGUUCCUCACGCUGGCUAACUGUCAUCGUGUCCUCUGGGCAGCACCGUGCGGCUUGUGCUUCUGUCUCCGUUUCCUGUGGCUGGCUACGGGGCGUUAGCACGUUCGGAGCCGGGACGCUUUGGACCGAAGGGAGCUCGGCGUGUGGCCGGGCUGGGAGAGGGUUGACAUUGAGGGGGCUACCUGGUUUCAAAGCACCCCAGUGUGCCUUUCACACAAGCACUUGGGCCAACAAUAAGCAGGACUUCUACCAGGUCCUUGGGGUACCUCGCGCGGCAACCCAGAAGGAGAUCAAGAAGGCCUACUAUCAGAUGGCCAAAAAGUACCACCCAGACACAAAUAAAGAUGACCCAAAAGCCAAGGAGAAAUUUGCUCAGUUGGCUGAGGCUUAUGAGGUACUCGGCGACGAAGGAAAGAGGAAGCAGUACGACGCGUACGGCUCCGCAGGCUUCGACGGCGGCCAGGCAGGCUGCGGGCAGCAGUACUGGUCCGGGCAGACGCAAAACGUGAACCCGAAGGAGCUUUUCCGCAAGAUCUUUGGGGAAUUUUCUGAAGGACGUGGAUUUGGAGACUUUAAUGCCAUUUUUGAUCAGCCGCAGGAGUACAUCAUGGAGUUGACGUUCACUCAGGCAGCGAAAGGAGUCAACAAGGAGAUCUCGAUUAACACGGAAGCAGCCUGCCAGCGCUGUGGCGGGAAGGGCCACGAGCCAGGCGCAAAGGUCCAGCACUGCCACCACUGCAACGGCUCCGGCAUGGAGACGGUGAACACCGGCCCGUUCGUGAUGCGCUCCACGUGCCGACGAUGUGGCGGCAAGGGAACGGUCGUUUCCAACCCGUGUCACACCUGCCGCGGGACUGGGCAGACCAAGCAGAGGAAAACCGUCAUGGUCCCCGUGCCCGCGGGAGUGGAGGAUGGCCAGACUGUGCGAAUGCCUGUCGGAAAGAAGGAGAUCUUCAUCACGUUUAGAGUCCAGAAGAGUCCAGUGUUCAGGCGGGACGGCGCCGACAUCCACUCGGACCUUUAUGUCUCCGUGGCUCAAGCCAUCCUGGGCGGCACGGCCAGGGCGCAAGGGCUCUACGAAACGCUCAAUUUAGCUAUCCCAGCUGGCAUCCAGACAGACCAGAGAAUCCACCUGGCGGGGAAAGGAAUCGCCCGCGUCAGUGGCUACGGCUUUGGUGACCACUACGUCCAUAUCAAAAUUAAAGUACCCAAGAAGCUGACAGACCGACAGAGAGCUCUCGUCAUGAGCUACGCUGAGGACGAGGCGGACGUGGAAGGAACGGUUAACGGCGUCACUGCCACCGCCACAGGUGGGGGCAGCAGUGGUAAGCAAUUUAAGAAGGAAGGCGAGUUGAAACAAGAGAGGGGCUUCUUCUCCACACUCAAGCGAUUGUUUAGUUCUUCCUGACAGCCACAAACCAGGUAAGAGGUCUUCAUGGACCUGAGAGGCUCCGUUGCUCAGCGCAAAGGAUAGCCAUGUUGUCGGCAUUCUCGCGUGCAUCCAACAAGGCAAAGGAGAUCCAGUUGCAGCGGACUAAAACGCUUCAUCCAUUUUAGCUCCAAAGACUAUGAAAGACGGCUAAUCGUAGUAGUCUCCACUGCACAGACAUAAAUGAUGUUUGAAGACACAAAUACAUUAAAGGUUUGUCAUUACAAGA